GGGGUCCAGAUGUGCACACACCAGCGCGUCAUCCAGAACCGAGUUCGUCCGGAUCAAGCGGGAAUGUGCCAAGUAACGGUGCACCGCGGGGGCGGCUUGAGAAUCCUGACCGGUCACGGCCCAAGGAGUGUGCAGCUACGUUCUUGGUGACGCAAGAAGUGGUUGAGUUGGCGGGGGCAGGCAUGCUGUCCCUAUUCUAUCGAGCUUGCGACACCGACGGAGGUUACAUUAUACUGCGCCCUGGGAGCAUCACUAUAGACUUGCUGAGAGGAUCAAGACGAGUCUGGUGUGACAAACACCAGUGCACUUCAAUGGUCUCUGAAGCUAUAGAACUGUUUACUGUUCAGCAAGGUUGGCGCGUCGACAGAUCAAUCAGACCCGAUGAGAACAACUCAUCGCACGGACUGCGUUGUCUUGAUUGGACAAAUCUGGGUUUGAAGGAUCUUGAGCUGUUGGUUGCACUCGCGUCAUGUGAUGAGUCGCUGGAUGAUGGGUGGCGGGGUGAUAAGAAGGAGGAAAUCUUCGUGGGCCACGGCGAAUGUCUUCCAUGUCAUCUAGCGGCAGCGUCGGCUUUGAUACCGGAGGUGCCCGGCCCUGGUGCCUCGGCUACCGCGGUGCAUAGCCGUGAGGACUUUCUCCGAAGGGUCGCAUGCUUCAUAUAAGUCCCGAACACAUGACAGAUAGUCCAAAUCGAUUGGCAUCGGGUUCUAAUGCGUAUCCGU